AUGGAACACGAGAUUGAUUUUCAAGAACACCUGGACAAACUGGUUAUCUCAGAGCCAACCGAUCCUAUUAUAAAGUGUAUUAUUAAUGAUAAUCUGGAGAGGCUGAAGAAAUUGAUUAGAGGCAAGGACAUCAAUGCGUUGUACCCUUGUGUUGAGUUAAAAGAUGAAGUAAACCCUUUAAUUGCUGCUGUUGCAUUUGCAAAUCAGGAGAUUUGUACAUUUCUUCUGGGAAAAGGUGCUAACCCCAACAAACCAUCAGCAAAAUCUUUAGCACCACUGCAUUAUGCUGGACUUCACAAAGUUCCAGUGAAUAUAGUGACAACAUUACUGGAAGCAAAUGCAGAUCCAAAUGGACUAGAAGACAUAGGACUACCUGUUAAACCAAAGUUCUCUCCACUUCAAUUAGCACAUACGAAUGAAGAUAUUGUGAAGGAGUUGCUCAAAUCUGGAGCGUUAAUGUGGCUAAAUCAUGGCGUCUAUCCUGCAAUUGAUCUGAAAUUGGCCACAAUAAUUGAAAACUUUGCUAAAGAGAGUGAGUUCUUUUCCAAAAUCAAGCUUUUUUUAGAUUUUGUACAAGCAUUAAAACAAACAGCGCCGACAGAUGUUUUCCAACUCUACGGAGUUCACUUACUAGAGGUGAACCCCCAAACCCACCUCACUAUGAUUGACAUGUGCUUUAGCAUUAAAGGUCCAAAUGAAGACGAAUACUUCCAGAAAGCCAUUAAAUGGUUGAACGACUCAAAUAUACUAGAUCACUAUGCUGAAGAUGUAAGCAGACGUCUGUCUACAAUUCCUCUGAAAUUUAAGGCAGGUGCAUUGAAAUCCUUAGAUAAUGUUGUUUGUGCCAUGAAGGAAAUACCUAAUGAGGUGUCACUUAUCCUAAUUCCUGAGUUAGUGAAACUGGUUUCCUGUAAAACAGAUGAUCUCAUGCCAUUGAUCGUUGUUAUACUCUACGGCAUCACACAGAAGACAAAAAACAAGGAUCGUUGGAGCAAGUCUGACCUUGAGAAAAUAUGCAAGCACAUUGUCCCAUGCACACAGAGAGAGGGUUAUCUCUCUGAAUUGAAGAUGUAUGCCUAUGCCUUGCUAGCAGAUCUUUACACAUUUAGUUGUGUUCCUGGUUACAUCAUCUGUCUGGGACUGUCUCCGGUCCCUGAAGAACUACUUAGCUGGGGAAGGAAUGAAAACCUGAAAGAAAAACUGAGAGAUCUAAACAUGUCCUUAAACAGACAAUAUUCAGUCUCCAACUCAGCAAGUGAAGAGUCAAAAGACAGUAAUUUGUCAGAAUCCAAGAAGAAGAAGAAGAAGAAGAAGAAGAAGAGGGGAGAGGCAGAAAACCAAGACACACCAAAAGAAGAGACAGGCACACAAGAAAAUAACACAUGUUUAGCCUUCAAUACUUCAUCUACUCCUGUUGAGGAAUCUGGCCUUGCUGGAAGUUCAAGUGUGGAGCCGUUCCACCCCACCACUGACACGCCACCAUUACAGCGCAAAUGGCACAAAGUCAGCAAGCGGUGGGAGACACAGUUAGAGAAGCUUGCCAACAUGGAUAGUAAAGUAUAUACAGUAGGAAACCUCACUCUAAUAGAUGAAGGAAAUUCCUUCCGCAUAGCAAAGGGAAGUGAUGGAACUGAGGUCUUCUUGGGCCUGAAGGAUGAUGGCACUGAAGUAGCCAUAAAGAGAAUGAUCAGGUCAAACUAUGAAAUUCUCAAGAAUGAAGAAGGAUUUUUACGUCUUCCAGCGCUUGACAGUACUUGUAUUGUGAGAUACAUGGACUUUGCGGAAGACCGUUUUUUUGGUUAUCUUGCUCUUCAGCUCUGUGAAUACACCCUGGAUGAAUACAUUAAUACAUACCUGUCAAAGGACGACACUCAUGCCCUGAUUAAAAUCACUCAAGAGGUGCUCUGCAGUUUAAGAGUCCUUCAUUGUCCAACUACCAAAGUCCUUCAUCGGGAUAUCAAACCUCAGAAUGUUUUGAUAGGUGAGCGAUUCUAUAGUAUUGCACAGUUAAGCCUUUCACUCCCACUAAAUCUAAUUUAUGUUUUUAUCAUUAUGUAUUAAAAGUCCAUAUGCAGUAUCUUAAAGUCAUUUUCUAGUACCUAUACUUAUGAAAAGCAUGCUAUUGUGAUAUUGUUUCUCCUUAACAGAUAUUAAAGGAAAUGCAAAAUUGGCAGAUUUUGGCAUAAGUCGCAGAUUGACAGUGGAUCAAACAACUCUAUACACAAUCCCUGCAGGAACAAAAUGCUGGAUGGCCAAGGAGACGUUAGACAAAAUAGGCUCUCGAUAUAAGCGGAGCGCUGAUAUACAGGUUGAGUAACAUGAAGAUAAAAUACAGAAAAUGUCCUGUUUGUCGAGCGAUGGACUGAAUGAUUAUUGUAAUUUCAGGUGGCCGGGAUGUUGGUCUACUACAUUCUUUCUGGUGGACACCACCCCUUUGAAGAUCCACUUGGUGAUGAACUUGAACAUAAUCGAAACAUAAUCAAGGGGACUUACACACUAGAACAUGUGUCAGAUGAGGUGGCAAAAGAUCUCAUUGAGUGGAUGAUCACUGAAGACCCUGAGAAGAGACCUACAGUGGAGGAGACCCUGGAUCAUCCCCUCUUCUGGAAACCACACAGGUGAAAAUCCGUAUAGUUGUCACUUGAAAAGUUGUUUUAUUAGUAUGGCACCCUGUAUAAUAGGUAAUAAUGAAAAUAAUAAUAAUAAACCACAUUUCAUACAUUGCACUCAACACACAAACUAAAGCUAAACAUUGGAAGAUAAGGACAAACAAUUAUAACACAAUGAUAAUACUGUACAUGCAUAAUGAACAUAGUUAAUAUUAUUCAGAUGUAUAGGAUGCUUUAUCUUGGGCAAAAGAUGAGACAAUGCUGAAGUAUAUGCAUUAAACUAUGAGUACACAAAGUACAUGUAUGUAUGACUAGACAUUUUCUACUGCACAUUGAUGUCUUUCAGGAGAGUUGAGUACUUGAGAACAGUUGGGAAUGAGGAGGAGGUCGGGAAGUAUCGUGAUGCUGACCCAGAGCUUCUAGAAGAUCUGAAACAAAGAGCUAUGGCAAAAACCUUCUGUCAGUGGAGAUCCAAGGUGAACCAGAUGUCAUUUUAUUUAAUAUACAUACCUGUACAUGUAUAUUAAAACAUGUAUACACUAACGCAAUAGAGUGGGAGUACCCUAUCCCCUGGCUGAGCUUGUAGAAGGCUCACAUACAUAGAGGCUGCAUAAUAUACAGAUAUUGUUUUAUGUUCACAGUUGCCGUCUGAUUUGAUGAAAAAGAUGGAUGGCAAAAAGCCCUACCCUGAGAACAUGUUGGGGUUACUACGCUUCAUACGCAACCUACAUGAGCACUAGUAAGUAAGACUCAUGUUUUUCCCAGUACUCAAAGUUUUCAGUCUCUUACCAUUGAAGGUGGCUGAGUGUUUGUUUCUCCUUCUGCAGCGCUGAGGAUUUAGAAUCUGUUGACCUGAUGAAGAUGUUCCCUGAUCUCUUUGGAUGCGUCUACAUGUUAGCCAAGAAACAGGGCUGGAAUUCAAGGCCUGGUCUGAAAAACAUGUUUCAGAGAGAUCUAAGCUCAUGAUUCUGAAAUGUAAACUAUAUGUAAUUUGGACUGAUGAAAUAUGAACUACUGUCAUACUUUUGACUCUUUGUAGGACAUUUUAUAUUCUAUAUUUUCACUGAUAGAUCUAAUAUCCAUAAUAUUUUUACAAAUCAAGAUCUUACAUGGUUAUAAACUGCAUAUUAUGGGAGUUCAUAUGAAAAUACUGUACACACAAAGCUUUGAUAUAAGGUAGCAAUUAACAUUUUCAAAUCAAAUCAAAUGUUAUUUGCCACAUGCACCGAAUACAACAGGUGUAGACAUUACAGUGAAAUGCUUACUUACAAGCCCUUAACCAACAAUGCAGUUUUUU